CUGACAGCCAACAUAACAUCCAGAGAAAAUAAAUUUUACAAAAUAAUAAAAUGUGGUUUGAUUAUGGCGAGUUUUAUCCAUUGUAAACUGCAAAUGCAGUUGUGUUUUGGAUCUAAGUAGAACUUUAUUCAGCUUGCCCCAGUUUUGCAGAAUCACACCUGGUUUGACGGAAGGGUUACCUGAGCAAAUGGCAAGAAUGUAAACAAUGGGAGUUAAAUGGACUAACAUUAAUAACUACCAUACAGAACAUUAAUUUAAUAUGUGUGACAAUACUCAAAAUGACACCAUGCGAGGUGUUCUAAUAAGUGAAGACAAUGAUGGGGACCUUAUAUCUGUCAACAUCUUUGAAAAUGAAGAAAAUGUGGAAGAGCUAAAAUCUCGACUAAGGAAAAUAGCAGUGGGUGGUUCAGAUGUCUUGGACAGCAAUACUGAAAAUUCCAAAACCUCUAAAACAGUUGGUGACAUAGACUGCAAUGAUAACUAUGAUGCCAGAAACAGUAAUUCCUCAACCAAGACCAAUUCCUCAACCAAGACAAAUUCAGGGUCGACAGAGCUGUUGUGUAUUUCAACUGAGACUUUGAUAGAUAACAAGGAAGGCAUAGAUCUUUGUGGGAUGCAAGAUGUCAUCCAGCAUUACAAGAGACCCAGGAACCUGUCUGGUUCGGAGGCAAAAGAUAGCCCUAGUGAUGACACUGUAACUAUGUCAACAACAAAGGUCAAUUCUGGAUUGCUUAUUUCCCCAAACUCAUUGACUCAGGAAGUUCAUGUUCCGAUGAGUGAUAGUAAACAAAGGAUGUCAGCUGUUCUUGAUAGUCUUGAUCUUCAUCUAGUCUACAUUCCUACAACUCAGCAAUUGGUUGCUACAAAAAAGAAUGACAGUCAACAUGGCAAGUUGCAUGUUACGAUGUCGGACAACGUUCUUGGCAAAAGUAACAGACUUGCUGAUGAAAGUGAGACAGAAUCAUCAGGAUAUGCGAGUGGAAAAAGUAAUAGCCUAGAACGACAAAACUCAGGGUCACCCCUGAAAAUGAUGAGUUCAGACUCGUGUUCAGUACACAGUAUUCAGUGUCUCUCUGCUAAUGGUGCAAACUUAGAUGAUGGCUCAAGUAUCAAUGAAAGCGAAUGCUUGAUAAGAAUUAAUGAACCAGAUGGAAGUAACUGUGAUAGCUCAGAUUUUAAGUGCAACUUUCCAAGAAUAAACACAAAUGAUUCCUUGUUACGGACUUUCAAUGAUGCCUCUAGUCUUUCAAGUCUGAGCACAGGAACAGACUUUUCUGUGUCAGCAGCCUCUUUGGAUGAUGGGGAGGGUACGGGACAUUGUAUCGACACUGGUGAUGGUGGGUUUAUGGAGAUCAACCUUCACACUAGAAACUCAUUUGAGCGGAAAAAUCCAUCCCUGGAUAGCGGUUUUGAAGACAAAUUCGUCAAACCAAAGCGUAAAGGGCUUUCUGGAUUGCUUUCUAGAGGGUUGUUUUCUCGGAAGGGCAAAGAGGGGGAGGAGGACGCUGCUGGCUGGAAACUGUUUGGAAAAGUCCCACCUAAACACACACAAAACGGCAACCCCGAAGAUAUACAUAGGCAUUACAAGGCUCGUCGACAGGAAGAUCACCAGGGCCAUAGUCGAGGCAAGAAAGAGGACAUCGAGGUCAUGUCCACUACCGCCCUCAUCCUGGAAAACAGGCCACGGAACUUGCCAAGCAAGACACCGGAGGAACAGGAGAAACACCAGCGGGAAUACGAGGGCAUGGUGGAGGCCGCACGCAAGAAAGAGCGUGAGGAGUUGAAGCAGCGUAAGCGGCAACACCAGCAGCAGUUGCGGCAGGAGGAGCAGCAGAUGGCAGCCGCCCGCAUCUGGACGAAAAACAUCUUGCCAAACUGGGAAAACAUGAGGAAUUCCAAGAAGGCUCGAGAGUUAUGGUGGCAUGGUAUACCGACCAACGUGCGAGGAAAAGUGUGGAAACUUGCCAUCGGAAACGACCUCAACAUUACACCGGAACUGUAUGAGAUUUGUGUGAGUCGAGCAGCAGACAAGAUCAAACAGAUGGAUGAAACACCUGUGAUAUUUGGAUCGCCCACCUCGAGUCCAGAACCAGCCUCUAGCCAAGAGUCAAGUGUUGAGCUGAUCAAACUGGACGUGUCCCGCACAUUCCCUCAACUGUGUAUAUUUCAGAAGGGUGGACCAUACCACGACCUUUUACACAGCCUCCUGGGAGCAUACGCCUGCUACAGACCUGACGUGGGAUACGUCCAGGGUAUGUCAUUCAUUGCUGCGGUGCUGCUCCUCAACAUGGACGUGGCCGAUGCCUUUGUGUGUUUCACCAACCUGCUCAACCGACCCUGUCAACAUGCUUUUUACAGGCUUGACCAGGCUAUGAUGAAGGUGUAUUUCCAGACAUAUGAAGAUUUCCUCAAGGAGAAUAUGCCAGCCUUACAGAUCCACUUUAAGAAACACAACCUGACACCAGACAUCUACCUGUAUGACUGGAUAUUCACGUUAUUCUCAAAGUCUUUCCCGCUGGAGGUGGCGUGUCGAGUGUGGGACGUGUUUUGUAGGGACGGGGAGGAGUUUCUCUUCAGAACAGCCCUCGGUAUCCUAAAAUCCCAUGAAGAGGUCCUGCUCGAAAUGGACUUUGGACAUCUAGCUGAAUUCCUCACCAGACUGCCCGAUAAAGACUUGUACGAACAAAGACUAUUCAGAAGUAUUGAGAGCAUUCAGAUGUCUAUAGAUAAGAAGAAGUUUUCUCAAGUAUUAUCUAUGAAAAAGGAACAGAUGGAACCACCUUGAUGAUGGGAGGGUUGUUACAAAUCUGGUCACUAACAGCGAAUGUUGCAUCAUUACAUCAAUGCAGUUUGAGGAUGUCGAGACACAUGUUGUGGCUCUAAUACAGGCUGCUUGGGUUCGAAAGGUCCGUUAUGUCAUUAUGAAAUAAAAAUUCUGGAAAACGUUAUCGCUGAAAAAUUGCCAAAAUUGUCGCAUUCUUGCAAUUUUGUGGCAUUUGGUGCCAAUGGCAAGCGCCAGCGGGGAACCCUGGAUGUAGUGGAUGAAGUGUGCAGUGAUUACUCGAGCACAUGUAAUAGUGCUUGAUACAAGUGCACAGUAUAGUUCAGACAUCAUGUUUCUGAUAACUUAUUCAACUCAAUGCAAUGUUAAGAUCAUCAUGUUAUCUGUAGACAGCAAAUGCAAUGUUUAGACACCAGGCAAUUUAUCCAGGUAGAAUGAUGCAAUUUUCUAAAUCACAUAAAUCUGCAGUAGAAUAAUGCAAUAUCUAAGACCUCUGAAUUUAUCUGCUACAAAAUUAUGUCCGAUAGAACAAUGCAAUGUUUAAAUCACCUGGAAUUAUUUGACGCAUAAUUAUGUCUGAUAGAAUAAUGCUAUGUUUAAACUGUCUGGAACUAUUUUGCACAUAAUUAUGUCUGAUAGAACAAUGCAAUAUCUUAUAUAUCUGGCAUUAUCCGCCACAUUCAUUCACAUCUGAUAGAAAAAUGUAUUGUUACGGUGUCUGGCAUUAUCCGCCACGUAGGUGUACGUCUGAUCCAGGCUGUUUUGUAAACAACGCAGGACAGGCAUGUGUUGUACAAAUAGAACUUGUGUUCAUUGAGAUAUGGCUGUGAAUGUAUGCUUCAUAAUGUGUGCAUUUUUAAAUUGAACAUCAUCAUUAUUACAUUAUCAGUCAUGGAAAUAAGAAAUUGGAUCUAGCAGCCCAAACCAUCACAUUAUCAUUAUCAUUGGGUCACUGAAAGUUAAACAAGGCUGCCACAUAAAAUCAGAAAUUUGAAUGAGCCAUGCAGGCAAUAUACUUGUGUCAGACUUGUGCUAAAUUCGAUCCCUGCCUUGUUCCAGCCUUAUGUAGAUCUUGAUUUAGAAUAUUACUGAAUAGUUUUGUUGUUUUUAAGAUUGUACAUUCGGUGUGUUUGUGAACAGUUUUCGUCAUUUUUUUCCCAUUCAUUUUCAUCAUAUUUGGAUGAAUUGAAAUACUGGAUGAAUUCACUCAUAACAAAUAAGUAUUUUUGUACUUUAUAUUAUUGUUAAGGAAACAUAUAAAGAUGUGAUUUGUCGUUUGUGUGUGAAACUUGAUUGAUUUGAAGUUCAGGCCUCAUUUUCUCAGAAAAAAAACGUGCUUAAUUGUUUUAUUUCAUUUAGCAAAAUUAUUUCCUUAAACAUGACUUAACAAAAUAAGUAAUGAUUUAUUAUCAUGGUAUUUGUGAUGAGAAUUUCAUUUACAAUAUCAGAGCUCCUAAAAAUGAAAAUAUAACACAACUUGUACUGUUAGAACCAAAAAUAGAGUGCAGAGCUUAAUCGUGUUGAAAGGGACUUAAGACUGUCAGAGAAAUAAGAAUCAACAUCCAUUUCUAUUUUUCAUGAAACCUUUCUCAAAUAAUUUUAUGAAAGAGAAAAUAAUUGUGUUCUGUUUUUCUUUAUUUAAGGUUUAUAGUUUAUUUUAACAUAUGUUUCAAACACCACUGGCUUUUGUUUCUUGUUGAGAAUUUCCAGGGCCUAAAAUGAGUCUUCGUGAACCUACCCAAUAAAUGUUUGUUGACCAUACGUGUACCUAUGUAUGUGUGCACAUAAUCCAAAACCAUGAUAAAAUAUAAGAGGAUAAUAUAUGUACUUGUGAAAAGAAUUUCUAUAUUUGUUACCUGUUAAUUUGUAAAAUUAUAAUGAAUGAACAUGAAUUAUGCCACACCAAAUUGAUAUUUUGUUCGACGAAUUUUGGUUGAAAGUUAAAGUCUAACUAUUAGAAUACAUUUUUUUCCAUUCCAAAGGUGGGAAAAAGCGCAUCCUUUUUUUCCCUGUAAAAAUAAAUAGUAGAAUGAAAAUCCGGAGACAUAAAAUUUGGGUUUUUGGAUGCAACAUUGUUCAUAAAGAUGGCAUCUUUUGGCAUUUUAGUGUGAAAAAAUAUGACAAUACUUCAGCAUAGCAUCUUUCUUGUUUUCUGAUGAAGAAUAGGAGUGGUCACUUAAAAUCCGUCGAACAAAGCAUGAAUUUGGUGCGGCCUUAAUGCGCUUUUGUGAUAUCUGGGCAUUUUUGUAACAUUUGUGAUCCUAUCUGCAAUGAGAUUAUGUAAUUAUCUGUAAACUAUUGUUAAUAUAUAUUUUUAUGGUAAAAUGCAGUGAAUUUAGAUAUCUCGCUGAUUGCUUCUAUAUGUAUAUUAUUGAUGAUACAAUUGUUCUACCCCCCAAACAUGAUUUUUCCUCUGUUUAAAAUUAGGUCAUACUAAACUGAUUCUAUUGUUCAUGUAUGUUAAAGUUCUGGGGUGGUAUUCAAUAUUUAACUUAAAUACAUAUUAUGGUCAUACAUCAUUGACUUCUUUCACUGUUAAGGUCAGUUAUUAAUUACACCUUAACUGAUUAGCUACAUCGUUCUUAGAUCCAGUUAAGAUGAAUAUUGAAUACCUGUCCUGGGAUCGUUUUCAAUAAACAUAUAAGAUUCAUCUAAUGGCAGGAAACAAAUCUGAGUGUUUUCAUUGGAAAAAAUUAAUUGACUAAUAGAUUGAAUGGAAUCACUGAGUCAUAUCAAAUGAAAAAAAUAAUGAUUAUAUUAUUACAACCUCUAGAUUAAUCUUGAAAUCGGAAUUGGGUGGUUUCAGUUUCAGACAUACAUGUAUGUUUAGUGUUUUUUGCCUGACAUUUCUGUAAGAAGUACCUUGAGAUGGAUAUACAUGUUCUUGAACUCAAUUUCAAGAGGUGUCUCACACGGUCAUGUUUUGGCACCAAAAAUAAUUUUCCGGGUAAUGCAUCUGUAAACAUUUAUAAUUAAUUUACUCUUUGAUAUUUGUUUACUCUUUCAACUUUGAUACCAAAAUUGUAGAAAAAACAAACAAUUUAAGUAUAUUUUUUUUAACCUAGUUUAAGUGGGAAGCCGCAGACAAGUAAAAAAUAGAAAAUCCUGUAAAUUAUCUGCUGGACCAGAGGGACUCGCACUAAGCUGACAGCAUUUAAACCUUUAUUGAAAACAUUGCUAGCAUUACAGGCUAAUGUCAAUCAGUCAAUCACCCUACAGGCUUUUGUUUAAUAGCGUUAGUAAGGCAUUUAUAAAUUGUGGACUUCUAGGACAAUAUAUGAGAUAUAUCAACAUUUAUUGAUGGGUUCAAGCCAUCAGUAUCUUAGUUUUAAUACUCUUAAUGGUUUGCCACACUUUAUUUGCGUAAUUAAAAAAAAUCUGUUAAAAGUGCAUUUUACAAACCAUGGACGAGUCCCUUUAAUUCUGCUUUUGCCCUAACUCCUUAUACUCAAACUAAACUGCUCAGGUUUUUCAUGAUUAUUUAGUUAAUAUUGUUUAGUUUUCCUUUCGUUUAGGAAUGCUUUAUUGAAAGUCUAUGUUUUUGAAUCAUAUUUUUUUUAGAUACAUGCAUCUUCAUUUUCAUCUUUAAAUUACUUCUGAUAAAAUGAAAAUGAGACGAAGGCUAUGAUAGGGCUCCUGUAUAUGCACUCGUGACCUUGAGAAUCGUCUGUUUUUAUUAGCUAGUUACAGUCGAACCCCGUUGGCUCGAAUUCCUCGUUGGCUUGAACUGGAUGUAAAGGACUGAUUUCUUUAUACUGAAUGAUAGCAUUCCCCUUUGCUCAAAUUUUUAGAGGCUUGAAGGAUUUUUGCCGGUCCCUAGGAGUUAACGGGGUUUGAUUAUAUUUAGAAAUCCUUUUUAUAACAUAUACAUCAUAAGUCUGCAAACAUUACAUAACGCAAAAUACGUUGGUCCAUAUUCCACCUAAUGUAAUCAGGCUGUUUUCCACUCUGGUGACGUCAUUUCAAAAAAAGUAUCAAUAAGCAAAGUUAAAUGACAUCAUAAAAAGAAAUAGUCUGUUGUGAUGUAGGUGUUGUUUAGACAUAUCUUUCAAAAUAUUUUAAGCCAAAAUGUAUAAAAUAAAGUGUUAAUAGUACUGCAAUUUGAUUUGUCAGAUCUGCAAAAUUUCAGAUUGUCGAAGACAACCUUGCAGGUCAAAAGGAAGUUCUGUUAUAUGAACAUUCUUUGUAUAUUUUGGAGUGGAUAUUUGAACGAUAAUUUGUUUAUUUAUCAUCUCCUUUUAUAGCCAGGUUGAUGUACAACAGUCUUCUAAAAAUAGUUUGAAAAUGAGGUGCCAUACAUUCUCUUUGAAUGCUCUACAUUAAAACAGGAUAAUAUUGCAGAUGACUUAAAAUUAUUGCAGCAUAUAAUUUUUGCCUGUUUUAGUAUGAAAAUAUUAUUUUUACUGUUGAAAAUCUACGGUUGGUUGAAUUUCAAUCCACUGUAAUAGUUCAACAUUUUACUUAACAUAGAAUCAAUCAUGCAUGACCGUUCUAUUAAUACCAUCAUUUCAGGCCUUUUGUUAUAUAGGAAACUUUGUCAGUGAAUAAUCAUUAUUAUGUAAAGUAAUUAAACUUCAUAUCAGUUUUAAUAAUUUAUAUCACAACGAUUGGGAAAGAACGUUUUACAAUAUUAUAUUUAUCACUCAUUAAAAUUUCAUAUUAUAAAAUCCCCCUUACUUUUGAGGUAAUUUUCAUAAUGCGUCUAGUACAUUUUCCUUGUGAAAAUUACCAAGAAACGCUAAUCUUUGAACUAUGGCUUUGUCAACAAAAUAUGUGCUACAUUGCUUGGUAACUUUGUUGCUAAACUGAUAUAUGUAUAAAGUCAUGUUGGUUGUAAUUUUAAAUCUUUCUGAAAAUUAUGUGUGUUUUUUUUCUGUAUUAUUUGCAUUGGACAAACAAAUUUAACAAGAUCAGCAGAAAAACAACAACCUGAAUUUGUUAAUUCAAUUUUCAUAGCGGCAUUUUCAGCAAGUACCAGUAACCAGUUAAUUUGUCUAUAUUUAUGAAUGUAGAAAUAAAUUCGCAUUUUACAAGGUCUAUGACGCUUCCUAAUACCCUAUUACCUGAUGGCAAAAAGAAACUACUGAAAAUAUGAUGGAGGUAUUCUAGAAAACUUCAAAUUAUCGAAAGAAUAUACAUUAACAUUCAUAUGUUGACAAAUUUUGUUCAUUAUAGUGUUUUUCUGACUUCAGACAAUAUGCUGUUGUUGCCACAGGCUAAAUGUUUGUGUCUAAAAUUUCUUUUUUGCAUAUCACGGGCAUAUGAUAACUUCAGAUGUGCUGUUUAUCUCAUUAUAUGUACCCAAAAUGAUAUUUAUCAACAUUUUAGACACAAACAAUGAUCCAGCCUCCUGUGUUUUUGCUAUUUAAAGAACAAAAUGUCAGCUUUUAUUAAUUUUGUAAUUGACAGGAACGUCAGUUUCGCAUUGAUGUACAUGACGUCUCAGGAAAGCAGAUGACAUCAAAUCUGACGUCAACAGAUAUGGCAGAAAGGUUCAUGUAUAUUAUCAUUGAUUUCAGCCUAUAUAGUCAUGUAAAAUCUUCUGCCAUACCCUUUGACCUCACAUUCGCAAGAUGUUGUCUGCCUUCCUGCGACAAAGUACAUGUACACAACGUCAUGAAAUCUAUGUUUUUGACAGUAAUAUAAAAAAGAAAACAAUUUAUGACUUUGUAAAUGUCAUCUUUUCUAUGCCAUUGCUUUCUUGAUAUAUUUUUUAUCUGCUUUAAACCGUGCUGGUCACGGGACAUGAUACAACUUUUCUUGCGCGAGCGUAUGUAUUUUGUGUGAACGUACAUGGCCUUCUGCAAGGAUGUGAAAUAAAAUGGACUUAUUUGAUUAUUUAGUGCUUUUGCAAAAUGUAGAAACAUUAUUGAAAUCUGUAGAAUUCUUGUUUUGAUAUUAUUUAGUAAAUACAGAUGACCUCUGUUAAAGAUAGUUUUGGAGCAUAUUGUAUUAUUUACUGAAAAGAAAUUCUCUUUAGAUUGUAUGAUUUGUGGAAAAGUAUGGUACUUUGUAUCCGACAGAUUGUAUGAUUUGUGGAAAAGUAUGGUACUUUGAAUCCGACAGAUUGUAUGAUUUGUGGAAAAGUAUGGUACUUUGUAUCCGACAGAUUGUAUGAUUUGUGGAAAAGUAUGGUACUUUGAAUCCGACAGUUUCUAUGAUUUGUGGAAGAGAACAUUUCUUUAUAUCCAACAGAUUGCAUUAUUUGUGGACAGCUUCUAUCUUCUUAUCCAACAAAUCAUAAAAACAUAUUGUACGAUUUCUGGUAAAGUAACAUUCUUCUUAUCAAAAAAUGUGUAACAUUAUUUUUUUUAUAUAUCUGCUAAUGAAGUUAGAAACAAUUCAGCUUUGUAUAAACUAAUGGAAAGAAUGUUGAUACUUAUAUUUUAAUUAUUUUCUAUCAUGUAAAUGUGGACAUUGUCACUCUGUGCAAUCUUAAAAAAUGAAUAAAUAUGUGAAUCAA